AUGGCAACUAAACUACGAUAUAUCCAGAAGGGUCAUAAAGGCGCAGUUACACGACUUCUAUCCAAAUUCGAGGCAAUUCAACAGGAAGCAGUCGAUUACGAAGAUUUGCAGACGAUCGAAAAUGCAUUGAGACAGAAACAGCAGACGAUCAUCGAGAUCCAUGAAAAAAUCCUUGAUUCAAUCUCAGAAGAUGACGGUGAACAGAUCGAGACGGAAAUUCUAGAGCAUGAUGAGUAUAUCUACACAUUACAGACCAAGAUACAGAAAAUAUCAAGUUUUAAAAAGGUAACUUUGUCUAACUUAAAUGUAAAUUCCCCAACAUUUCAUGCGCCCGUUUCCGGCGAAUCGUCCCAGACGAACCAUGUGCACGAACUUCACGAGAAUGUGUCUCACACUAACCCUGCCUCUACCCUCUCACACAGUUCCAUAUACCACAGACUACCUAAGCUAGAUUUGCCAAAAUUCGACGGAAACAUCCUUGACUGGCAGUCAUUCUGGGAUUCGUACGAGUCAGCUAUUCACACGAACCCGUCACUGAGUGGUGUACAGAAAUUCAAUUAUCUGAAGUCGUCCUUAAGAGGAGAAGCUGUACAGAUUAUAGCAGGUUUUUCUUUAACUAAUAUUAACUAUGACAAAGCAGUGUCUCUGUUACACGAAAGGUACGGACAGAGAGAUAAAAUUAUACAAACAUAUAUGAAAGCAUUGCUAGAAGUUCCAGCCCCUGUGUAUACAGUAACCAGUCUGAGAAAGUUCUAUGAUACCACGGAGACUUAUAUCAGGGGACUUGAUUCAUUAGGCCAGAACGAGAGUACAUACGGAUCACUCCUCACUCCCGUCAUCCUUCAGAAGUUAUCACCGGAAGUGAGAACGAACAUUACACGUGCGCACGGAACACAGUCUUGGUGUUUAAAUGACUUAAUGCGGUGUAUAUUGAACGAAGUGAAUAUUCUAGACGCCGGAAAUGCAUUGAAUACCCCGCAAGAAGUGUUUGCGACAGCAUCCUUUCUGACCAAAUCUGAUAUCCGCAGACCGGAGAAAAAGAAUAAAGAAAAAUCUAGUGCGAAAUAUACAAAAGUACAGACAUGUGUGUAUUGUAAGGGAGAACACUCUAGUACAGACUGUUUAAAAGUUUAUGAUCGCGAACAUAGACUAAAUAUUGUAAAGGAAAAGCAGCUUUGUUUUAACUGCCUAGGAAGUCACAAAGUUAAUGUGUGUAAAUCCAAAUUCAAAUGCAAGAUAUGUUCACGUAGACAUCAUACAAGUUUGUGUGUAGGAGAAUCAACGGCCAAACCAACAGAUAAAUCUACUGAAGCUCACAAAGCGGAGAAAACCAACACAUCAGUUCUCCAUUCAGCGCACACAUUUUCUUCUGGACCCGUUUUAUUGAAGACAGCAGUUUCCAUAGUAACUUCAACUUGUAGUUCCACCACCGCAAACAUCCUGUUUGAUGAAGGUUCCCAGAGUUCCUUUGUUACUGAAGCCCUAGCACAGAAAAUUCAGCUGCAGCCAACCGGAAGUGAAACGUUAUGUCUAUCAGGGUUCGGAGACAGAGAAAGACGCAUGCGACAUCUAAAUACAGCUACAGACUAUCUACAAACCCCAAAGCACAAGAUUCCGAUAAAAGUCCUUAUAGUGCCUGAAAUUUCCGUGCCUCUGAAAACUUAUCAGAAACAUGUUAGUGACUUUACAUACCUGAAGGGGAUCACACUUGCUCAUCCUAUAUCAGAAGAUGAAGAUUUUGAGAUCGAGAUGCUAAUUGGCGCUGAUCAUUACUGGUCCGUGGUACAAGAUAAAAUCAUCAGAGGAAAUGGACCCACAGCCAUUCAGUCGAGAAUAGGAUAUCUUCUGUCAGGACCGUUAUAUACAGAAAACAAUCCCUCCCCACUUCCUGUGUCCAUGAUGAACAUAAUGACUUUGCACGUGCAGGAGGAAUUGAAUUUAGAGAAGUUUUGGGAAGUAGAAUCUAUGGGAGUGGAACAGAAGACUAAAUACCAAGGAUGCGACGAAUAUACCAGACAAUACCAAGACACAUGCAUUACAUACGAUAACGGACAGUACGUCGCAAGAUUACCCUGGAAAGAUGAGCAUCCAUCUCUACCCAGUAAUGAACUGAUAAGCCGGCGCAGAAUAGUGAGUGUAGUCAACAGACUGAGAAAAGAACCGGAACUGCUGCAGAAGUAUAGUGAGAUUAUUAAUGAACAGGAGCAGAGACGAUUUGUAGAGAAGAUAGUAGAUGACCCAUCUAGACCAAGUACGACAGUACAUUACAUUCCCCACCACCCUGUGAAAAAGAGUCAGCAACCACACCCAUACGGAUUGUAUACGACUGCAGUUCAAGCUGCCUUUAAUUUGAGGUCUUGGAGUACAAAUAACCAAGUGCUGCGUGCUAGAAUCGAAUCUGACGGAGUCAGUGACAAGGACAAAUUCACAAAAGUGUUGGGCAUGCGCUGGGAUUCUACAACUGACGAAAUGUUGUUUCCACAAAGAUCAAAAAUGCCUAUGAAUGACUGUCUUCUGACAAAACGGGAAAUUUUGAAAGAAUCGUCCUCUAUAUAUGACCCGCUCCGAUUACUAAGCCCACUGACCGUGAAAGGCAAGAUACUUAUGCAGUUGCUAUAG